UCCCAGGAUUCAUCUCGCACAUGUUAAAAUGGACAAACUCGAAACUCUGCGAAAUAAAAGGCUUAUGAAGAAGCUGAAGAAGAAACAAAUGGUCAAUAAAGAAGUAGUCAUAUCUCAAAAUAUAGCAAAGACACCAGAAGUGCAAACAAAGAAAAAUAAACAGUCAAAGAAAUCAAAACUAGAAAAGUCAACAGAGGUGAACACAGUCUCGCUGAAAGGUGGCAAGGACAACAGAAAGCGCAAACUUGGCGGUGACAGUCAAAUAAAAGCCAAGAAGAAGAAAACUUUGAACACCAAGAAAGAAGAUGAAGAUUCUGAUGAAGACGAAGACUCAGAGGAAGAAGAUAAUAUUUCAGAUGAUGAAGAGUCAAAUAGUGACAAUGAAAUAGAGAACUCAGGAAGUGAAGAUGAGGAUGAUGAAGGAGAAGAGGAUGAGUCAGGCGAGGAUGGUGAAGACGAGGAUUCUGGUCCAAAGGAAAUAGGAGGAAGUGAACCAAUUGAAUCACAGUUACCAGGUAGUAGCGUUGGACUCGAGAUAUCCUCAGAUACGUCAUUUAAAUCUUUAGAAGGCAAAGUAUGUGACCUCACAUUGAAAGGAAUUGUAGAUAUGGGAUUUACACACAUGACAGAGAUUCAAGCCAAAAGUAUACCCCAUCUACUAGAAGGAAGGGAUCUCCUUGGAGCUGCUAAAACUGGGAGUGGAAAAACAUUGGCUUUCCUCAUUCCUGCUGUAGAACUAUUAUACAAACUGAAGUUUAUGCCAAGAAAUGGUACUGGAGUAAUUAUAAUAUCUCCAACCAGAGAGCUCUCAAUGCAGACAUUUGGUGUGUUAAAAGAACUGUUAAAAUACCAUUGUCACACGUAUGGGCUAAUAAUGGGAGGUACUAACAGAGUGGAAGAGGCGAAGAAGCUGACCAAGGGAAUAAAUAUACUAGUGGCGACACCUGGCAGACUUCUAGAUCAUUUACAGAACACGCCCGACUUCAUGUUCAAGAACCUACAGUGUCUUAUCGUUGAUGAGGCGGAUAGAAUAUUAGAAGUCGGAUUUGAGGAAGAAAUGAAACAAAUCAUAAGACUACUGCCAAAGCGCAGACAGACAAUGUUGUUCUCAGCCACUCAGACAAGGAAGACAGAAGAUCUCGCAAGGAUUUCAUUAAAAAAGGAACCAAUGUAUGUCGGUGUGGACGAUAAGAAAAUUAAUGCCACGGUAGAAGGUUUAGAACAAGGCUAUGUGGUCUGUCCAGCAGAGAAAAGGUUUCUCCUUCUUUUCACAUUCCUGAAAAAGAAUCGUAAGAAGAAAAUGAUGGUCUUCAUGAGCAGUUGUAUGGCGGUGAAAUAUUAUAAUGAGCUGUUGAAUUAUAUAGACAUGCCCGUCAUGUGCAUCCAUGGGAAACAGAAGCAACAAAAACGAACGCAGACAUUCUUUCAAUUCUGUAACACUAAGGAGGCCAUACUCCUCUGUACAGAUGUCGCCGCUAGAGGUCUUGAUAUCCCAGCCGUUGAUUGGAUUGUGCAGUUUGAUCCGCCAGAUGAUCCUAAGGAGUACAUACACAGAGUUGGUCGUACAGCACGAGGGGAAGGGGGCAUUGGUCACGCUUUGUUGAUUUUACGACCAGAAGAGCUAGGCUUCUUACGCUACCUAAAACAAGCCAAGGUUCCUCUGAACGAGUUUGAGUUCUCUUGGAGUAAAAUAUCUGAUAUUCAGCUACAGCUUGAGAAACUUAUCGAGAAGAACUACUUCCUACACAAAUCAGCGCAGGAGGCGUACAAGGCGUAUAUUCGGGCGUACGCUUCAAACAGUUUGAAGACUGUCUUCAAUGUCGACACAUUAGAUCUCCAAAAAUCUGCGAUGGCAUUUGGCUUCAAGGUCCCACCCUUUGUUGAUCUGAAUGUCCACGGCAGUAAAGGAAAGAAGAUGCAGAAGAGAGGUGGAGGCGGUGGCUAUGGUUACCAACAGGAAGGAAGGACACAACAAAAAGCUAAAAUUUUCAAACAAGUUGACAAAAGGCGUAAAGAAAAAAGACAGUUUUCAAGAUGAUAUCUUGUGGAAUACUGAUGUGGGAAGUCUUAUUGAGAAAAAUGUUGAAAAAAUGAACUAAGUUAUGAAUUAGAAACGGCUCUAAGUAUGAUAACACUGUGUGUUACAUAUGUACUGUUCUGGGUGUAUUGGAAAAAUUAGAAACUGAUUGAGGUCAGUUGAUUCACAUAUUUUAACACAAUUAUGAUACAAAUAAUUUUAAACUGCAAUGAAAAAUGAAAUAAAAAACUUUAUGCAAGGA